GAACCAGAAUAGAUUAGAUAAGCAAAUGGUGGCCAAGGCAGCAAAAACGAACUCUGCUAUCAGUCUCGAUCUGGUCGUGCAUUUUUUUUUUUCCUUUCAAUUCUUCCCUUCCAUUGCUCGAAUGUUGUACUAAUUAGAACGAGCUGGCGGCUGUCAACAUAGUUUCUUGAAUACGACCGACAUCUUGGAUUUGAUACCUUAACCAAAGGUCCAAGAGUCCCCCUUAAACCUCAAUCUAACCUCUGCAUAAAGACACAGAAUGGUUUACGUGAAAGAAAUUAGACAAUCUGCAGCAGAUUGUCUGCUGCCAUGAAGCAUUAUCUGCUGCCAUGAAGCAUUAUAAAUGGAGACAACUUGGCCGCAGGUCCUGAUCUUCCAAGACGUACCCAAAAUUAGUUAGAGAAACUUCUUAGCUGUAAGCUAUGUAUGUCCCGGCCGGCAUCGCCUAAUCUUUGACAGCAACGGAUCAUGCCCAUUUUUUUAAACCCUUCCAUAUCUAAUUCUCUGAUCAAAGUAACCUUGAAAAAAUCAUUGGCAUUUGGGUUACUUUUUAGUUUACAUUUGUCGGUUUAGGGAUCAUGGUUGGAGAGAGCCAUCCGCCACAGUCCAGUACACUGUUUUUCAUUUAUACAGCACAGCAAACAUGUUGAAACCGUGGUCCGGUGCCAAAAUGGCGCUGGUGUGGGACAAAAAGUACUGAGGGAAAGAGUUCCACAUUCUCGUGUGUGAAAUUCACAGGCAUAAGAGAUCUUAUUAGACAAGUAAGUUUUUCAAAGUAAAUACACACACGCACACGCAUAUAUAUAGCGGUGAGAUAGAGGCCACUUUUCCUACUCCCUUCACUCCUAAGAAGCUCUUUAGGAGGGAAGGGACUAUGGAGCAGGAGGAUAAGAAAAAGCUAUACCAUUGUGGAGCUCCAAAAACUCCCAGAUUUGCACAAAGUUGGUGUCUUCUACUAUCCGUCUUUGCCAUUUCUGCCGGUGCUCGAGCAUUAGAUUAUGCAGAUGCUCUCAGAAAGAGCCUGCUCUACUUCGAAGCUCAACGUUCCGGGCGGCUACCAUACAACCAAAGGGUCACUUGGCGCGAUCAUUCUGGCCUCACUGAUGGCCUAGAACAAGGAGUGGACUUAGUAGGAGGAUAUUACGAUGCAGGUGACCACGUAAAGUUUGGGCUACCAAUGGCAUUCACCGUGACAAUGCUCUCCUGGGGUGUCAUCGAAUACCGGCAACAGAUUGCAGUCGCCGGCGAGUUGGAGCAUGCCAUGGAAGCCAUUAAGUGGGGAACGGAUUAUUUCAUCAAAGCACACACUAAUCCUAAUGUAUUAUGGGCAGAGGUGGGUGAUGGUGACACUGACCAUUAUUGCUGGCAACGCUCAGAGGACAUGACGACAUCAAGGCAAGCGUACAAGAUCGACGAGAACAAUCCUGGGUCGGAUCUCGCCGGCGAGACAGCAGCAGCCAUGGCAGCAGCAUCGAUAGUAUUCAAGAGAACAAACCCACAUUUCUCACACCUGCUCUUACUCCACGCCCAACAGUUGUUUGAGUUUGGAGACAAGUAUAGAGGAAAGUACGAUGAGAGCUUGGGAGUAGUGAAGAGCUACUACGCGUCGGUGAGUGGGUACAAGGAUGAGUUGUUGUGGGGAGCUUUGUGGUUGUACAAGGCCACCGACAAUGAAGAGUAUUUGAAGUACGUUGUUGACAAUGGUCAUAGCUUUGGUGGCACUGGAUGGGCCAUUACAGAGUUCAGCUGGGACGUUAAAUAUGCUGGUCUCCAAGUUAUUGCCUCCCAGUUGCUUAUGGAGGAAGAAAAGCACAAAGUGCAUGCUCACAUACUCGAACAAUACCGAUCAAAAGCCGAGUUCUACAUAUGUGCAUGCCUGAACAAGAACAAUGACAGCAACGUGGAGCGCACCCCGGGGGGGCUCUUGUUCAUCAGGCAAUGGAACAACAUGCAAUACGUUUCAACAGCAGCUUUCCUUCUCACAGUAUACUCCGACUUGCUCCAAAACUCAAACCAAAAGCUCAAAUGCCAUGGCAAAACGGUGGAUCAUGCAGAAAUCCUGAGCUUUGCAAAGUCACAGAUUGACUACAUUCUGGGCUCUAACCCAAUGAACAUGAGCUAUUUGGUGGGGUAUGGCUCGAACUACCCCACAAGAGUGCACCACAGGGGGGCCUCGAUCGUGUCAUACAGAGAGAACAAGGGGUUCAUAGGGUGCACCCAAGGUUAUGACCACUGGUUCAGUCGGCAGGAGCCUAACCCCAGUGUUCUGAUUGGGGCCCUGGUUGGAGGACCAGAUUCCCAUGAUAAUUUUGUGGACCAAAGAAACAAUUAUAUGCAGACUGAGGCCUGCACAUAUAAUACAGCACCGCUGGUUGGAGUUUUGGCUAAGUUGUUGGAAUCUGAGGACCAGAAUCAUACCUCACCUUUGCUUGCUUCUUAUUAAAAGAAUUAUAUCAAAUGAAAAAAAAAAAAUAUAGCAUUUGAUUUUGUACACCAAGCUCUCUCUCUCUCUCUCUCUCUCAUCAUUAUAUAUGUUUGGAUGAAGUAGGUGCAUCAUCCCCAUGUUUACCUUCAUUGUUUUGUAAUACUUUUAAGAUCAUACAGUGAUACAAAUAAUAAAAGUUCAGAAUUUCUCUGCCUUAA